AUGGUCGCCUCCUCCACUGCCUCGGACCAGCCCGCCCCCACCAUGCCGGUCAAGAUCUUCUCUGCAGGGCUAGCUGCCUGCACAGCGGAUGUGAUCACUUUCCCGCUGGACACGGCCAAAGUCCGGCUCCAGAUUCAAGGCGAGACCCCGGUCUCCAGCGGCAUCAGGUAUAAAGGCGUCCUGGGCACCAUCACCACCCUGAUCAAGACGGAAGGGCCCAUGAAGCUGUACAGCGGGCUGCCCGCCGGCAUCCAGAGGCAGAUCAGCUUUGCCUCUCUGAGGAUUGGCCUCUAUGACUCUGUGCAGGAGUUCUUCAGCUCGGGAACGGACGGCCCCCCCAGCCUGGGAAGCAAGAUCUCAGCGGGGCUGACAACAGGCGGUGUGGCUGUGUUCAUCGGGCAGCCCACGGAGGUGGCGAAGGUCAGGAUGCAGGCCCAGAGCCACCUGCACGGCCUCAAGCCCCGCUACACCGGCACCUAUAACGUCUACAGAGUCGUGGCCACGACGGAAGGCUUCCUGGGGCUCUGGAAAGGGACCAGUCUCAACCUGACAAGAAAUGUGAUCAUCAACUGCACAGAGCUGGUGAUGUAUGACACGAUGAAGGAGGCCCUUGUGAAGAACGACGUGCUGGCAGAUGACGUGCCUUGCCACAUGGUGUCAGCGCUCGUCGCCGGGUUUUGCACCACGGCGCUGGCUUCUCCUGUGGACGUGGUGAAGACAAGGUUCAUCAACUCUCCCCCGGGACAGUACGCGCACGUGCACAGCUGCGCGCUGGCCAUGCUCCACAAAGAGGGGCUGUCGGCUUUCUUCAAAGGGUUCGUGCCUUCCUUCUUGCGGCUGGGCUCUUGGACUGUCAUCAUGUUCGUGUGCUUUGAGCAGCUGAAACGGGAGCUGAUGAAGUCCAGGCAGACAGUGGACUGUGCCACAUAACCACGC